GAACUGCCCAUCCUGGCCACCUUCCACAGGAAACCUGAGGGACAGAGGAGGAAGGAAGCAGACUUUGCCACUAAUGACCAUGCUGAACUCUGGCUGGUGCCACGGAGAGGACAGCCCCAUCCCCAGAGAGCCAGGCUUACCAGCCAACUCAGAUGGUGACUCGAGCCACCUGCCAGGAGAGGACCCUGAGGAUACCGCUGCUCAGGGUCCUGCUGCUCCAAGCUUGGGUCCCCCUUGCGAGGACAUCAGUCAAGCCCCCAACGGGCCUGGGUUGCCUACUCUUCUGCAGCAGCUCCCUCCACAGGACAGUGAUGAGCGCUACUGCCUGGCCCUUGGGGAGGAGGAGCUGGCCGAGCUGCGGCUCUUCUGUGCCCAGCGGAAGCAGGAGGCCCUGGGGCAGGGGGUGACCCGCCUGGUACCUCCCAAACUUGAAGGAUACACCUGUGAGAAGUGCAGGGAGCGGCUGAAGCCAGGGGAAUACGGAGUGUUCGCAGCCAGGGCAGGGGAGCGGCGCUGCUGGCACCAGCCUUGCUUUGCCUGCCAGGCCUGUGGCCAGGCCCUGAUAAACCUCAUCUACUUCUACCACGAUGGGCGUCUCUACUGCGGCCGUCAUCACGCCGAGUUGCUGCGGCCGCGCUGCCCGGCUUGUGACCAGCUGAUCUUCUCCCGGCGCUGCACCGAGGCGGAGGGACGGCACUGGCAUGAGAACCACUUCUGUUGCCAGGACUGCGCUGGGCCCCUGGGCGGGGGACGCUACGCCCUGCCGGGGGGCAGCCCCUGCUGCCCCAGCUGCUUCGAGAGCCGUUACUCGGAUGCAGGCUCGAGCUCGGCCGGGGCACUGGAAGGGCGGACGUCCCUUGGGGAGACAGGACCCGAGCCAACCGAAGGAAGGGACCGCGCCUCGCUGAACGCCGGUGCCUGCGGCUGGCAAACCCAGACAGGGCUGCUUGGGUCCAGCCCCAAGGAGGAGAGCCGAGCUGGGGACAAGGCGGAGGCACCCACAGGGCACGAGCAAGACCGCCUCGAGACGCCCCACGGUGCCAAGGAGGACGCCCGGUGCGCCACAUGCUCCUCUUCCUCUGACUCGGAACCUGAGGGCUUUUUCUUAGGGCAGCGCCUUCCCCGGCCCCGGAAGACCCCCGGAAGCUUCCAAGCAGAGGACGGCGACACCUCCAAGAGGCACUGCACCAUUUGCUAA